UUCGCCUCUCACUCUCUAUCAAAAACGAUCCGCUGCUUUUCCUGCUCUUGAUUCUCUCAGCCGCACCAAAACAACAAACAAAAAUAUAGCAAAUUCGAAGGUUCGAUUCGUCUCCGAUCGCCGUCCGUGCCGCUCGCUCUCUCGCCGGAAUGGGUCGCUCUAAAUUUGGUGCUUCUGUUGGGGUUUCGGGUAACUGAAGUCCAGAUUCGGAAUUGGGUCUUGUUUUUUUGAUUUGGGACCGAAUUGGGAUCUGGGUUUUGGACUUUUAUUGUUCUGGUGAAGUGGGUUUUCGACCCAUUUGAGUUUGGUUCUUGUUUUUUUUUAUUUGAUUUGGCGAUCCAUCUGAAGUUCUCUUGAUUCCGUGAGAGCGAGCGGCGGGCUUUCGAGCUUUUGUUUGUUGUGGCAAUGGCGGCUUCUAGGAAAAGCGGCAAGUCGAUGAAGGGCGUUGAAGAAACGGAGAGCCAGCAAUGGAAGCCGGUUUUUGAUGAAGCUUAUUCUAUGUCGAAUAGGCCCCUGAAGAAGGUGAAAAGCCCUGAACGAGAAGACCCAUUUCAAUCCUCUGAUGCCCCAUCAAUGGCUUUCCCCCCUCCUCCUACUUCUUCUUCUUCUUCUUCUUCUUCUUCUUCUUCUUCAAGGCUCUUAUUUCCUUUUGCCGUCGAUGGUUCUCAGCCAUCCAUGGAAAACUUGCACCAAUUCAGACCCCAUCCUCUGCCACUCUACAAUCAAAACCAGCAGCAGAUGAUUUCUUUUGCUCCGCCUCCCCAGGCCGCCGGAUUUCCUCCCUACUUCGCCGGCGACGCGGCGGUGCUGCACCAGCAACAGCAGCAGAUGCUGCAGUAUUGGAGUGAUUCGCUGAAUUUGAGUCCACGUGGCAGGAUGAUGAUGAUGAGCCGACUGGGGCAGGAAAGCCGGGGCUUGUUCCGGCCACCAUUGCCACCGGUCUCCCCCACCAAGCUUUACCGGGGAGUGAGGCAGAGACAUUGGGGCAAAUGGGUGGCUGAAAUUCGCCUCCCCAGAAACCGGCACCGCCUCUGGCUCGGCACAUUCGACACCGCCGAAGACGCCGCCAUGGCCUACGAUCGCGAGGCCUUUAAACUCCGGGGAGAGAACGCCCGCCUCAAUUUCCCCGAACUCUUCCUCAACAAGAACAGACCUGCCUCGACGGAGCCGGCGUCGUCGUCGUCGUCGGCGUCAAAGGGCCAGAACUUGGAGGCUUCCGCCAUGGAAACGCCGCCGCAGCCUGAGAAUGUCAAUCCCAGCGAGGGCGAGGCCGCUAGCAGAGACGAAGUUGAGGUCGUCGCCGGGAGCUCCGCCGGGGAAGCUGUUUCGGAGUCGUCGGAAUUGGCGUGGGGCUAUACGGCGGAGGCUUGGUUGAAUGCGAUACAGUCUGGUUGGGGCCCCGGCAGCCCGGUUUGGGAUGAUUUUGAUACUGCCAACAAUCUUCUGUUGCCUUCCAAUUUUCCCUUCCCGCCGGAUUCCACUGGUUCCGAUCAGAAACCGCCGGACUCCGCGUUCUCGGGGUCAUCCUCUUCAUGUCCAAUGAAGCCCUUCCUCUGGAAAGAUCAGGACUAAUCUUUACAGUCCAUUCAACUCCUUUGGUCCACUUGCAUUGGGUAAGACUCUUACCUGAGUGUGCAAGGUUGACGAUAUCCAUACCAAUUCAAGUCGAUUCUAUAUUCUUCUCACUUCCUUGCCAACCAUGCUACCUCUCUCUGGAAAAUGGAGAAAAGUUUUUAGACAAUCUCCUCAGAUUUCCUCACUAGGUGUUGCAGAUUUUUCUGAGAAACAGCCUGUGAUUCCGUUUCUUUCUUUCCCUCUCACUGUCACUGGUUGCAGAUUUUUUAACCCGACAACCUGUGAUUCUCUUUGGAGCAUUGCGACUUCUUUUCCACCAUUUUGACUUGCUUUCCCAUUGAUCAUUUCCACAAAGGCUGCAUAUUUUAGGCCUUUCUGGCAGCAAUAUUAAUUAGAACCAACCAUAUGGCUUAUGUUAUGCUUAGCUUCUUUACUUUUGUAUUUGGCUGUUGUUGAUGUUUUAGUGGAUAUAUAUAUAUAUAUAUAUAUAUUGUAGUUGAUGUUGUUUAGGAUAUAGAUAGUUAAGGGUUAGAAGGGAGACAGUUUUGUGAUCUCCACCAUUGUUCCAUCCAUCACAAGCUCUGUUUUUCCAGCUCUGAUGAGGAUGAGAUCAAUAUUAUUCUAUGUUUCCUCUGUACAUUGUGAGAUGUGUUGUUGUCACAUUAUUGCCACGCCAUGUUUAUUUCACUAAUAUAGUUGAUCAUUUCCAUCCUUUGUAAACAUUUUUCUUUCUCCAGCGUAGCUUAUAGGUUAAGGUUUGUAAUUAUUAUUGUUAUUUGUACUGUCGGUUAUAAUAUUAUAAAUUUUACACUCCCGUUGUUUCUUA